AUGAAAGAGCUUCUUGAAUAUGAUACUUACCGAAAUCAAGCACAACUACAAUCGAGGUUAAGUCGGUUUUUAGUAAUUGAAAAUAGUUUAAUAGAUGAAAUAAGAACCGCGAUUAGAGAAGUGAAUAAUAACACCACUACCACCAUCAUUCCCACGUACACCAACAUGCACGGAACAAAAAGACCAAUCGAAAUUGAAGCAAAGGAAGAGGACAUUGAGGAAAGUGGUGGAAUAUGCUUUUACACUGACAAUGGUUACGAGUGA